GGCAGUAUCAGGUCAGAGCUGGACAGUGAACCAGAAGUAAACAUAAAAUGAGUCUCGGAGUCGCAACGAAAUAGAAAAUAUAUUUUACUUUACGCAAAAAUGGACCGUUUUUCAUGGGCGAAUGGACUCCUGGAGAUAAAUGAAACACUUGUAAUUCAACAACGAGGGGUGAGACUGUAUGAUGGGGAUGAUAAGAGCAAGCUGGAUGUUGGAGUUGCCCUGUUGAGCACCCAUCGUUUAAUCUGGAGGGAUAUCAAAAAUCAUGAAUGCUGCCUAUCCAUGCCACUGUCACAGAUCAUCUUCUUUGAGGAGCAGGCGGCAGGGAUUGGGAAAAGUGCAAAAAUAGUUAUUCACCUUCAUCCACCUUCUGCCAACAAGGAGCCUGGGCCGUACCAACACAGCAAGUACUCCUACAUCAAGCUGUCUUUUAAAGAACAUGGGCAGAUUGAGUUUUACAGGAGACUAACAGAAGAGAUAACUCAGAGGAGAUGGGAGAAUACAUCAGUUUCACAAUCCAUCUCACCAGGUGUUAGCUCUCAGACAGGAAAGACACGUGCAGUGGGGAUCGUUGGCAUUGAGAGAAAGAUAGAGGAGAAGAGGAAAGAAACAGACAAAAACAUUACAGAGGCUUUUGAAGACCUCAGUAAGCUAAUGGUUAAGGCCAAGGAGAUGGUAGAGCUGUCCAAAUCUAUAGCUAACAAGAUUAAAGACAAGCAGGGGGACAUAACAGAAGAUGAGACGAUCCGCUUCAAGUCCUACCUCCUGAGCAUGGGAAUUGCUAACCCUGUCACCAGGGAAACACAUGGCUCCGGCACACAUUACCACAUGCAGCUGGCUAAGCAACUGGGAGACAUGUUACAGGCUCCUUUAGAGGAGCAGGGCGGCAUGAUGGCUCUCACCGAGGUCUACUGUCUGGUUAACCGUGCUCGAGGGAUGGAGCUUCUGUCUCCAGAGGAUUUGCUCAAUGCCUGCAAGAUUUUUGAGUCCUUGAAGUUUCCACUGAGGUUGCGGGUGUUUGACAGUGGUGUGAUGGUGGUCCAGCUGCAGUCCCACAGUGAAGAGGAAAUGAUAGCCUCUGCACUGGACAAUGUGACAGAGAAGGGUUCCCUGACGGCAGAGGAGUUUGCAAAACUCUUGGGUCUGUCUGUUCUACUGUCUAAAGAACGGUUGUUGCUGGCUGAGAAGAUGGGUCACCUGUGUAGAGAUGACUCAGUUGAGGGUUUAAGAUUCUACCCAAAUCUGUUUUGACCUCUUUACCCUCACUUUUGUUGAGAUGUAGAAAAUAAAACAUGAACUUGGCUGCAC